ACAAUCCAUAAUUGUAGUGGAAUCGUGGAUCAUUAAUAUAGAAUUUUGUUAUGUAUUCUGUGGCGGUUAUUGGUUGUGGUGCAGCUGGAUUGAAUUCAGCAAUAAAAAUACAAGAGAAAUUAAAAAAUAUUAAUAUCGUAAUUUUUGCUGAACAUGUCAGCCCUUAUACGACCAGUGAUAUCGCUGCAGGAUUAAUAGAACCUCUAACUAGCAAUAACUUGUAUCCUAAUAAGAAUGUUGGCAAAUGGUCGUCUAAUACAUUAAAGUAUUUAUCAAAAUUAUGGCUUGAAGGAAGCGCCAAAGAUUUAGGAUUAUCGUUAGUCCCCGUAAUCGAAUUAUCAGAAGAGAAAGACUAUAAGUUUCCUGAUUGGGCUAGUCAGACUUUAGGCUACACGAAGCUAACGAACGACCAUCUUAAAAGACUCAGCGUGGAGCACAAUAAAACCUACACUGGGGGCAUAUCAUAUGUGACGUUCACAUGGGAGUCGUCAACUUUCCUACCGUAUCUACAAGAGCAGUUCUUAAGAAACGGAGGAAAGAUAAUAAAUAGGACUAUACACAAUUUAGGGGAAUUAUGUGACUUUGACCUUAUAGUGAACUGUACUGGUUUGGGAGCGAAGACGUUGGUGCAGGACGAGAGUUUGGAGGGUUAUAGGGGACAAGUUGCGAGGGUUAAUGCACCUUGGCAGUUACACACUUUAUUAGUGGACAGUAAUUAUAUUAUUACCAACACUAAUAGUGUCAUAUUGGGUAAAGUAAAAGAGAAGGAUACCGUCGCUAAAAUUACUGACAAGGACAAAAUCCACAUACUGGAAGGAUGCAUGAAUUUAAUUCCAGGGUUAAAAGGUGUUCAAGUCUUAAAUCACAAAGCAGGUUUACGUCCCACUAGACCAUCAAUACGUUUGGAAUACGAACAAGUUCCUCAUCAAGAAAAAAUUCUUAAGGUGAUACACAAUUAUGGACAUGGAAGUUAUGGUAUUACACUAAGCGUUGGAUGUGCUCAGGAAGUAGCUGAAAUAGCCCAAAGUGUAUUAAAUAGUUUCAAACAUAAAUUGUAAUAAAUAAAUAAAGGAAUAAUUUUAUGGUUG